AUGGACCCGUCAAGAGCGCUCGAGCUUGUUUGCGACCGCGAGGGUACACCAGCCGAGAGCGCCCCUGCAGCACCACGUCGUACCACUCAGAACGGAGUCUUUGCGUUACCUCACCAGCAAGCAUCCAGGAAAACCGCUAUCAAGACAAACACGAAAGGACCGGGUUCGACAUCCAAGAGGUCGCUAGCCUCGACGCCCCCAUGCGCGCCUCUUCAGAGCUCCUCUUCGAAGGCGAAGGCCGAACCCCCUCGCUUCGCCACACCGUCAGGAGGCGUGAGGGGAAGAUUCGUACCUGGGGAUAGCAAAAGUCCUGCAUUCGGAUCCGAGCCGGCUUUGAAUGAGACCUUUGUAACACCCUCGAAAGCCAAUGUUCGACGUUCGGCUCGAUCCGUUCGCUCUUCUCGUACCGGAGAAGCCUCCGCGAGCCACCCUACCCAUGCACCCGGCACUCGCUCCAGUCAAGACGUCGACGAGCAAGACUUAAGCGUAUUUUCAUACAAAAACAUCACUUCACAAGUGUCGUCGAGCCAAACCGAAGUCGACGACCCCGGUCCAUCGUUCGACUCGGCUGCGCGGGUCACGACGUCGACCAAGGUCGUAGCUGCAGAAUCGGCUACUGCAAAUGCCAAGGGUCUUCGACACAAUGGGGAGGAAGCCGAAGCGGGCGAUGAUGAAGCAAUAUUGUUGCAAAACAGUUCUCCGCCAGGCACCUAUGGUUCCGACGCAGAGUUCAGCGAUAUUGCGCAGUCACACCGUGUUGUCACUCAAGAAGGCUUCGUGACGGAGCACGACGACAACCACGAGGAGCGCGACCAUGACGGAGGAACAUACAGUGAAGACGAAGGAAUCUUCAGGGAGUCACUCUCCCCAGUACCUCAGGAAGCGGGUGAUGAAAGUCAAGCGCACCCUGACGCAUCCUCCGGCGCAGGAUCGCAGAUGGAUUCACGCUCGUCGGUAGAGUACGAGCGAGAUUCGAAGCGGCCUCGGACGGAGCUACACGAGGUAAGCGGUGUCUGUACAAAGACUCAUGCCGGUUGUUCUGAAGUUUUCUCGGGUUCCUGACAGACUUGGUCCUCGGUCACACUCGAUCCCCUGUGCCCGACCCCCUCAAUUUUUCCGGGGGCUAGCCCUUACCUCGAUCGCGCGCGCACCCGCGUUCGCACGAUGGAAGAGCAGAACGUUGAAGUGGAUGAGCGCACCAUGACGGAUGAACAAUGGCGAGAGAAAGGUCAAGAGCUGGCAGUCCGCGCUGGCAAGUUGAUCCAAAACGUCAUUGAGCUCAAGGUGUGAGUUGGCUAUAGUCCGAGAGCAUUUGCUCCUCCUGAAAGACAGGUGCUGUUCCACUAACACCUUCCCCAUGCUCACUGUUUAGCAACCAGCAUGCUCGUGCAGAGAGACUUCGGAAGAACAUGCUUACGGUCAAAUCAGCGCUCGCCAUGGAGCAAGUCGAGCUCGACAAGUCGCGAGAAGGAUUGUUGCAGUGGGUCACUCCGGUACUCACAAUGGGCGGGACAAGAAGAAAGGGAAGCGAAGAACCUUUGGGCAACGAAACAGCUCGUGCCACAACCAAAGAUGAGGGAGCGACGUGA